AUGUCACGACAACCCGGCUCUUCGUACCCCCGCGGCGAUGUUUCGCCUAUCAUUUCGGAUGUACAGAGUACCUCAAGUCAGAUCUCGCCCGUAUCAGAUCUACCCACCUCGCGCAGUUUCCGCAAUCAUCCAUCUGGUCGUCAGGAAGGUAGAGGCUUGAACAGAGCAGCACCAUCUCAACCUGGCAACAUCGAUACAGACCUACCACCCGAGCCGCCUCAGCAUCGCAUUAUGGGCUCACCACCAGGUAUAGCAGACAACAACAGACCACAGAUUGAUCGCUCGACUUCGUUGCGCACGAAUACGACCGCUACUCCGGGCGCGGAUAAUAUGAGUGCGGCUGCUAUCGGAGGUGGGAUUAGUGGUAUUGCAUACGAUGUCGCAAGCCGAAAUCAACGAGAGAGCGGUCUCGAAGCUGUGCGGACGAUACGACAGGGACAACAGGGACAUAGUUACUACGACGGUCCCUCGGACAGAAACUAUUCGGACGUUCCAUACGGAGCCACCAACAAUCGACAUAGCCAGGUAGAUCCAUCUGGAGUACAUUACUCGGCAGGCUUGCCGCUGGGUGGAACGGCCCUUGCAGCGGGCACCCCUCCACAAGUGGGAACACCUAGCUUAUCAGCCUCAAAUUCAUCGCAUAUUAGCGUCGGAGAGCUAUAUCCCCGCUACCCGAGCGGCGGCUUAUACGACGGGCCUUAUCAUUCAUACAACAGCCAUGAUCCUACUGCGAUUAAUCCCAACGAUAUUGCCGAUGACGGCGAUGAUGAUAUAAUCAAUACGCCCCUGCAGCAACAACGGCGAUCAUGGUUUGGUAAAAAGUCCAACCAAGGACUGGCUGCUGGUGCCGCAGGCGGUGCAGCUGCUGGUGGCGUCUUUUCUGCAGUCAACAGUCUCCGUGGUGGUCCAACGACAUACGAAUCUGUGCCUACUGGUGCUGGCGGCGUUGGCCAGACUCCUUAUGAGAAAGAUGCCUUUCUUACCCGUCAGGCCGACAUAGCUGCGGCAAAGAAACGGAAGAGAUGGUUGCUUACUAUCUUGGUAGGACUUGCUAUCGUGGCCAUUAUUGUUGGAGCAAUCGUCGGAGGGAUACUUGGUAGUCAGAAACAUAGUGCUGCUGCAAGUGACUCAAACAAGGGUAGCAGUAGCAGCAGUGAUCCUGGUACUAAUAUCAACACGGCCGCUGGAGAUUUGGCCACCAAUGGGGAUUUGAACAAGAAUUCGCCUGAGAUUGUGAAACUGUUGAACAAUACGGAUUUGCAUCGGGUUUUCCAUGGCAUGGACUACACUUCAUGGGGUGUUCAAUAUCCGCUGUGUCUGGAAUAUCCUCCUAGCCAAAACAAUGUGACUCGUGAUAUGGCUGUACUUUCGCAAUUGACAAACACCGUGCGAGUCUACGGCACAGACUGUAAUCAGACGCAAAUGGUGCUGCACGCUAUCGAUAAUCUGGAACUGACGGAUAUGAAGUUAUGGAUGGGCGUAUGGGUCAACUCGAACGAGACAACGACAAAGCGACAAAUUGAGACGCUCUACGAUGUGAUAGACAACAUGAAUGAUACAAGUAUCAUCGAAGGUGUCAUUGUCGGAAACGAAGUUUUGUAUUCAGGAGGUUUCUCGGAUCAGACAACCGCUCAAACAGCUCUCAUCACAUAUAUGGAAGACGUGCGAUCGAACUUGACAGCAAAAGGGCUAAAAGUACCCGUGGCUACGUCGGAUCUGGGUGAUAACUGGACAGCCGAUUUGUUGGCUGCUUCGGACAUGGUCAUGGCUAAUGUCCAUCCGUUCUUUGGUGGUGUUCCCGUCGAUCAAGCGGCAUCAUGGACAGUUGAUUUUUUCAACACUCAUGAUGUCUCGUUGACGAGUGGUACGAGCAAGGAAGCCAUCAUUUCCGAGGUUGGCUGGCCGAGUGCAGGCGGCAAUGACUGUGGCUCAGUCAAUUGUACGGAUAGUACGUCUGGUUCUAUUGCUGGUAUCGACGAGAUGAAUCAAUUUUUGUCCGACUGGGUCUGUCAAGCGUUGACCAACGGGACGAAGUAUUUCUGGUUCGAAGCAUUCGAUGAACCCUGGAAAGUCAUCUACGAUACUCCCGGCAAAGAAUGGGAGGAUAAAUGGGGUCUCAUGGACUCUGCACGCGUACUGAAGUCAGGCUUGAAGAUUCCCGACUGUGGUGGGAAGACUGUAUGA